AUGUCUCUGCUAACGCACCUGCUAGCGGUUCUGUUCGGCUCGGGCUCCUGGGUGUCGGUGAACGGCCUGUGGGUGGAGCUGCCCCUGCUGGUGCCCCAGGUCCCGGAGGGCUGGCUCCUGCCCUCCUACCUGUCCAUCAUCAUCCAGGCGGCCAACGCCGGGCCGCUGCUGGUCACGCUGACGCACCGCCUCCGGCCCGGCGCCCUGAACGAGGCGGCCGUCAUCUACGGCCUGAUCGCCCUGGGCGCGCUGGCCACCCUGCUGCUGGGGCUGUUCUGGAGGGCGGUGCUGGUGGUGUCCGGGGCCCGGUCCAGCGUGGCCCUGCUGGUGCUGACCUUCCUGCUGGCGGGGGUGGACUGCACCUCCUCCGUCACCUUCCUGCCCUUCAUGACGCGCCUGCCGCCGCGGUACCUGCCCUCCUACUUCGUCGGGGAGGGCGUUAGCGGCCUGCUGCCGGCGCUGGUGGCGCUGGUGCAGGGCGUCGGGGUGCUGCGCUGCGUCAACGCCACCGGGCCCCUGAACCGGACCCUGAACGCCUCCCUGGGCGGGAUGGAGGCCAGGUACCAGCCCGCCCUCUUCUCCGCAGACGUCUUCUUCUUCUUCCUCAGCGCCAUGAUGCUGGUGUGCCUGGCGGCGUUCGUGCUGCUGAACCGCCACCCGGCGGUGCUGCGGGAGCGCUGCACCGUCGCCGUGAAGGCGGAGCCUCCGGAGGGGCGGCCCAUGAUGGACCCGAGGCCCGUGAUGGACCCGGUCAGGCCCACCCCCCAGACCCGCCGCCCUGGGUUCGGCAGCGGCGCUUACAGCCGGAACCAGGCGCUCUACAUCUUCCUGGUCCUGGCGUGGGUCAACGCGCUGACCAACACCGUCCUCCCCGCCGUCCAGUCCUACUCCUGCCUGCCGUACGGCAACAACGCCUACCACCUGUCCGCCGCGCUGGCCGCCGCCUCCAACCCGCUGGCCUGCUUCCUCGCCAUGUUCCUCCCCGUCAGGUCCCUGGUGUUCCUGGGGGUCCUGACGGCGGCCGGGACCGGGAUUGGGGCCUACAUCAUGGCCAUGGCGGUGCUGAGUCCGUGCCCCCUGCUGGUGAACGAGGCUUGGGGCGGCGCCGUCGUGGUGCUGGCCUGGGUUCUCCUCAGCCUCUCGCUGUCCUACGUGAAGGUGAUCAUCGGCCUGAUCCUGCGGGACGAGGGCCACAGCGCCCUCGUGUGGUGCGGAGCCGUAGUGCAGCUGGGCUCCCUGCUGGGAGCCGUCGCCAUGUUCCCGCUGGUCAGCGUCUACGGCUUCUUCUCCUCCGGGAACCCGUGCCAGACGGUGUGUCCCUGAGGGACCGGGGGGGUCGCCAGGGGUUCACGCCAGCCAGAGGUCCACCUGCAGCUCACGAUCUAUCAACUUCUAAUCCUGAUCCAUCAAGACGUCAUAAAAAACUGGUUCCUACGAACCCGGACCUCAACGGUGUCUCAGGACGGAGCUAAGUACCUUCAGGCCUCACCCUAGAUUCACACCAAAAGCGUCAAAAAUCGCCUGUGGUCGCUCGGGAUGCCUGCAUCGCACUGCUUGCUGACGCCUACAUUAGGCGGGGCUUUUCCGGGGCUUUCAAGCUGCGCUGCAGAACUGGAGGGAACAAAGUGCUUAUACAUAUAUCUAUAUAUAGCGUGCACAUCUUCAGUUUCCUAUUUCACCAUGGAUCACACUUUGGGAAGCCUUCUUCAUAUUUCAGCGUUAUUUCCACGUAGAUAAGAGUGAGUUUGAUGCUCUUCUUAACAAGUUUGGUCCCAGAUCAACAGCAACCAUCAGAGUCGUUGGUCCCGGUGAAGCUGCAGUCUGUCUGCGGUGAACACUGACACACCGGGUCGGAGCGGAUUUGGUCAUGAUGUUUAAACUGGGUUUUGUGAUUAAUAAGCGUGUUUCACAUGAGCAGUUCAGGUAGAAACAUUUAGUUCAGGUAGAAACAUUUAGUUCAGGU